UUUGAGAGUAAUAAAUCUUCUAGUGUAAGGGAGAAAAUAAAUUACGGAGUACUACAAAUGUCAGCCGACCACAGGCCACAGCUAACAGCUUGCCCUUUUCUACAGCUAUGGCGGCGGGACCCCAGGAAAGGGGGGAGGCGACGGUACAUGUCGAAAUCCACGAGAACUGUGAAGAUUGUGAUGUGAAAUUCUCCAACACUCUGAAAUCAUUCCGAGGAAUAAGGAAAGUAACAGUCUUGAGCAAAUACAACUACAUUGUAACUGCUUCCAAUGACUUUGAUCUGAAUUUGCUUGGGGCACAUCUGUUCAAGAAUACUGGUAGAUCUGUAAAAUUAGUACCCACUGCCACUACCUGUCCUAGAAAUGAUGGCUUAUCUCACUAUAUUGUCAAGGGGCAUGCCAAUUUUUGCCAAUCAUUUGCCAAUACUAUGAAAAAGAGCACAGAGGGGGGAAGGGGGCAAAUUGUUUUUGCAUAGCUUUGGUUCUGUGGUGAGAAUUAGAGUUCAGUGCGACAACAAUGAUACGUGGAAGGAGUGCGCUGGUGUCGUGGUUUGUAAAAGUGAUGCUUGUUCGAUACUCUUGACGUGCUCCUAUGCCUUUGACACACUCCUUGUGCCAUCUACUAAGAUUGAAGUUACUAACUGCUCAUUUAAAACGUUUUCAGCCCACUUAGUCUACAAGAACGAACAUAUAAAUUUGGGUAUUUUGCGCAUUGAGGAAGACUUGGGUGAUGAAGUGGUUGCCUCUGAUCUUUAUGACAAACCUGUUGCCUUUGGGGAUGUGGUCUACAGUAUCACUGCCCCAAAUAUCGAUUUGGCACCCCUUGUGUUUGCUUUGGCCAAAGGAUUAGUGCACCAUCCAUCUGCACCAAGUGAACUCAUAACCUCAAAGUAUAAGGGCACAGGGAUUCUGUUUUCGGGCAAAGGGUGGGAUAAUGGUGCCUGUGGUGGGCCCCUCUUUGAUCGGGAAGGAAGACUCGUAGGCAUUUAUUGUGGGAUGUAUGAUACAGAUGACUAUGUGACAUAUCACUUUGCCCAGUCGUUGGGGAGUGUGCUGAAUUUUUUAAAACAGGAGCAGGACAUAGAUUUGCUAGAUCUCCUCAAGUCUUAUUUUGAAGAAGGAAAAGCCAAAGUCUCACUUGAAGGAAAAAAGAACUGAGUUUUGAGUUUAGAUUUUGAGGCAUGAAGAUGCUCGAGGAAAGAAUGUAGAAACUGAACAGAUAGUGCUGUUUUUUUUGUUUUGAUUCUGUUCAUAAGCAUGAAGAUGCUUAAGGAAAGGACUUGGUAGAAACUGAACAGAUUAUGUUGUUUUGUUUGUUUGUGUUCAUUUUUGCUAUGGGAAACAGUCUACGCUGGUUGAUUGUGUUCAUG